AUUUAAGCCUGUUUGCUGUUGCGAUGACCCGGAUAACUGAGACUUUGCACAGGCAACACGUUUGAGGUGUGAGAUGUAAAAGUUGUGAAUGUGUUUGAUCACGUUUGAAAUGAGCCUAAAGCCGCUGUAUUCCACGCUGAAGGCUACAGCCCAGAUAAAACAGCAGUCCACCACGUCCUCCAGCAUCAUCCUGGCUCUGACAGACGGCAAACUGGGAGUUUAUGUCCAUUCCUACACCGUGGAGCAGGCUGAUGAAGCCAGGAAAUACGGCGCUCGUGUUUACUGCGUUGGUGUGAAGGACUUCGACGAGCAGCAGCUCGCUAAGAUCGCCGACUCCAAAGACAACGUGUUUCCUGUCAAAGAUGGCUUCCACGCUCUCAAAGGCAUUGUCAACUCCGUAAGUUUGGACGCACGCCGUUUCUGUCUGAGUCUUUGCUUUUCUAUAUGAAGAGAAGUGAGUGAGCUAAA